AUGGCCGCCUCUGUUUCGUCUCUCCAUUUCUUCUCUCUCACUCCCCAAUCCCUUUAUCUCUCCGCCUCCAAACCCACGACCACUUCACUAUCUCUCUUCUCUUUACCACUCAGAACACUUCCCAAGCUCGUUUCCUUGUCUUCUUCAUAUAAAAUUUUCGAAGCCUCGUCCUCUCGCUUGGUUGGAAAAGUCGCAGUUUCGUCUGAUUUUGAGCAAUUAGAAGGAGAAGAGGAGGUAUUCGAGGACGAUGCAGACAAACGUAGUUUCUCACCUGACCUCAAACUCUUCGUGGGUAACUUGCCUUUCAGCGUGGACAGUGCCACUCUGGCUGGGUUGUUUGAACGAUUCGGAAAUGUAGAGAUGGUUGAGGUUAUAUACGACAAGUUCACUGGAAGAAGCCGUGGAUUUGGUUUUGUGACAAUGUCUUCGGUUGAGGAAGUCAAAGCAGCUGCUCAACAAUUGGAUGGUUAUGAACUUGACGGGAGGGUAUUGAGGGUGAAUUCUGGUCCUCCUCCUCGAAAGGAAGAGUCUUCUUUCCGAGGAGAGUCUUCUUUCAGAGGAGAGUCUUCUUUUAGAGGACCUAGGGGGGGUACAAGUUUUGAUAACACUAACCGAGUUUAUGUUGGAAAUCUUGAUUGGAGUGUUGACAAUGUAGCUCUUGAAACCUUGUUUGGUGAACAAGGGAAGGUUAUGGAAGCCAAGGUGGUUUAUGACAGGGACAGUGGCAGAUCAAGAGGUUUCGGAUUUGUGACUUACAGUUCUGCUGAUGAGGUCAAUAGUGCAAUUGAAUCACUGGAUGGUGCUGACCUUAAUGGCAGAGCAAUCCGUGUUAGUGUUGCUGAAGCUCGGCCAAGGCGUCAAUUUUGA